CUGUCUCUCGUAGUGCAACCUCCUCCGCGUCCGAAGGCGGUCUGUGGGUUUGAGAAGAACACGUGUGGCUGGAAAAACGAUGGCAACAAUUGGCAGCGUCACUGGCGUAUUCAUCGCGAACUGAGCGAUUCGGAGAACGUUAGUCAUCUGCCUGUCCUCUGUCUAUCGGCCAAUCAGCUCUAUCAGAUUUCCAAACAGGACGACGAAGAUGCUGACACAGACUCCUCUUGGGUAUCCAGUGCCGACACAAAGGGAACGUCUGGCCGUGUUUCUGGUGAUAGCGCUAUGGACAUUCAAGCUCGCCUCUGGAGUCCAACAGUUCCCAGCACACUGUGUCUCCGUUGUCUGACGUUGGUAUACUCGAUAACCCUGGGCAGUGUUACGCCGGAGGUUAACAGUCGUGACCGACUGCCAAGCCUUGCUCUGCUUCAACGUCAAGAAGGGCUUGAAGGACCGGCCACCCAGUGUGUCAACGACCCAGCUAACCCCAUUGUAUACCUUAAGGUAUCAGCGGAAUGCACCCACAGCCAACCCUCACCUGCUGAGGCCAGCAGAGAGAUGCAAACUCCUCCGCGCCCAAAAGCCGUCUGUGGGUUUGAGAAGGGCACCUGUGGUUGGACAAACGAUGGAAACAAUUGGCAGCGUCACUGGCGUAUUCAUCGUGAACUGAGUGAUUCAGAGAAUGUUGGUCACCUGCCUGUCCUCUGCCUGACGGCCAGUGAAGUCGAUCAGAUUGCCAAACAAGAGGAUGAAGCCGUGGACGCAGACUCCUUAUGGGCGUCCGACCCCGAUGCUGAGAGCCCGUCUGACCAUGUAUCUGGUGGUGACUUUAUUGACAUUCAAGCUCGUCUCUGGAGUCCAACAGUUCGCAGCAUGCUAGGUCUACGUUGUCUGACGCUGGCAUACUCGAUAAGACUGGGCAGUCCAUUGCCGGGGAUGCAAUCUCCUCCGCGACCGAAAGCGGUGUGUGGCUUUGAGAAGAGCACCUGUGGUUGGACAAACGAUGGAAACAAUUGGCAACGUCAUUGGCGUAUUCAUCGUGAACUGAGCGAUUUGGAGAAUGCUGCCGUGGACGCAGACUCCUUGUGGAUAUCCAAUCCCGAAACAGAGAGCCCGUAUGAUAAUGUCUCUGGUGGUGACGCUAUUGACAUUCAAGCUCGACUCUGGAGUCCAACAGUGCCCAGCAAGCUGGGUCUCCGUUGUCUGACCCUAGCGUACUCGAUAAAACUGGGCGGCGUUGCGCCGGGGAUUAACGGCCGUGACCGAUUGCCGAGUCUUGCGCUGCUUCAGCGUCAAGAAGGGACUCAAGGGCCAGUCAUUGAUUAUAUCAAUUACCUCGCUAACCCUAUUGGCUACCUGAGGCCAUCAGCAGAAUAUAUCCAUCAGCCAUCCUUACCCAUUGAAGUCGGCAGCGCUAGAAGUUAUCGUUUCUACUUACAAGAAAGUGUAAUCGAGCCUAUGAACGAUUUGGAGAAUGUUGGUAGUCUGCCCGUCCUCUGCCUGACGGCCAAUCCUAUUGUCAAAGAGGACGACGAAGAUGCGUACGCAGGUUCCUCUUGGUUGUCCAAUCUCGACAUAGAGAACCCUUCUGACCACGUCUCUGGCGAUGGUGCUAUUGACAUUCAAGUCCGUCUCUGGAGUCCAACAGUUCCCAGCAAGCUGAGUCUGCGUUGUCUGGCGUUGGCAUACUCUAUAAAACUUGGCAGUGUUACGCUGGGGAGUAACAGUCGUGGCCGACUGCCGAGCCUUGCACUCCUUCAACGUCAAGAAGGGUUCGCCAGUAUUACCUUCUUUCCAGGUCCUUCUAAUCCUCCUCCUCUCCCCCCAUCCUCCAUCUUUGCCUUACUGCACCAGGAAUGUUUAAAAUCCCGCCAAUUUUAG